GCAAUGGAUCUUCUCCCGCCAAAUGCUGCCCGCCAAGGGACGAAAAUUCAAAGCCAAAAACCAAAUAGCAUUUUGUGAGGAAAAGGUCACAGGAAAAGCCAAAGGUCACAUAACCCUUGGGAAUGUUUUGUUUGACCGUUAAUUUUGGAUUUUCCUUGGAAUGGAAAGCAUGAGUCAAACGAAACGUUGGAGUUGUGUGAUUUAUCAAGUGGAUAGUAUAUUGCCUAGGAAAGUCUAUGAUUGUGAGCCCAGUGAAUGUAUAUCGGAUUCAUUGGAAAGAGAUAAAGAAAGAACCAACAGGAUACCAUUCUAUGGAUCUCCAUCGAAUGAAGCACACACAGCUCAUAGAGAUGCUUUCACAUACUAUAUGGAGAAAGGUCCCUGUUCACAUAAAUGGAAGCAACUACAUGUUGGUGAUUAUCAACAUGACAAUUUACUUUGGAAUGCACAAGUUCAUGAUGAGCAAGUUUGUGAUAGUUGUCAAAUGCACAUUUGUUCUAGUUGUGGUAAUCCUUUUUCAGAUGAGGAGUAUUCCAGUUCUUCCGUACCCAUCCCAUAUGAUACCCAUAUAUCAUCAGACCAUGAGUUGACAGAAUGGAGAAGAAAAUGGCCAUUUCAGAAUAAGCCUGAUCAACAAAUGAACCUAUGUCGAGAUCAAGUUUCUUCACUCGAAAACACAGGGUAUAUUAGACAAAAGUCCAAAAUGAAGAUAUCAUUGAAAAGAAAAAGGUCAGACUCAAAUCUUAGUAUAGAUCAGUUAUCGAGAUACUUUGAUUUGCCACGGAAGGAAGCCGCUCAACAAUUGGGAGUUUGUGUGACUCUAUUAAAAAGGAGAUGCCGAGAACUAGGAAUCCAUUGUUGGCCUUUUCGUAAGAUGCGUUGUUUAGAUGAUCGAAUAAGACAUUUGCAAAUAAGAAAAGAACAAUCUAUUUCGGAUGUUUCUAUCGAUCAACAAAUUAGGAUACUUCAGCAAAGACGCCAGUCCUUGUUGAAGAACCCUAAUAUAUCGUUGCAGCAGUUAUUAGGUGACGAAGAUGAAAUAUCUUGGUCUGGUCUCCCAUAAGCCAAUUCAGUUCAUUUUAUAUAAAAGUUUGUGCCAAGUA